GAGGCCGGCUGAGGAGUGACUGAGGCGCUCGGGGAGAGUCGCCGCCGCGGCCGCGAAGGAGACCAGAAGCGGCCGAAGGUGGAAGGAAGGAAGGAGGCCCCGCCGCCGCCGCCGCCAUGAAGAAGCAGUUCAACCGCAUGAGGCAGCUGGCCAACCAGACGGUGGGCAGAGCCGAGAGAACCGAAGUCCUCAGUGAAGAUCUGCUGCAGAUCGAGCGGCGUCUUGACAACGUGAGGUCUGUCUACCACAAUUCCUACAAGCGCCUGAUGGCGUGUUUGCACGGCCAGUAUGGGACAGACGCGGACAAGAGGCAUAAGAAGCUCCCUCUCUCGGCCUUUGCCCAGAACAUGCUAGACGGGGCCUUCCAGCUCAGUGACGAGACCUUGCUGGGGAAGAUGCUAGAGACGUGCGGUGACGCAGAGAAUAAGCUGGCGAUAGAACUCUCUCACCAUGAGGUGCAGGUUGAAAAAGAGAUCCUGGAGCCAAUCAACCAACUGACAGAGAUGGAAAUCCCCAACAUUCAGAAGCAGAGGAAGCAGCUUGCCAAGCUGGUGUUGGACUGGGAUUCUGCCCGAGCAAGGUGGAACCAGGCCCACAAGACUUCGGCUGUGAACUUCCAAGGGCUCCCUUCUAAAAUUGACUCUCUCAAGGAAGAGGUGGACGAAGCAGGGAACAAAGUGGAGCAGUGCAAGGAUCAACUGGCAGCAGACAUGUACAGCUUCAUUGCCAAAGAAGGCGACUACGCCCGGUAUUUCGUCUCGUUGUUAGAAGCCCAGGCAGAUUACCAUAGAAAAGCAUUAGCAGUCUUAGAAAAGGUGCUCCCUGAAAUCCAGGCCCAUCAAGACAAGUGGACGGAGAAGCCGGCCUUCGGGACUCCCCUGGAGGAGCACCUCAAGCGCAGCGGCCGGGAGAUCGCCCUCCCCAUCGAGGCGUGUGUGAUGAUGCUCUUGGAGACCGGCAUGAAGGAGGAGGGCCUGUUCCGCAUUGCCGCCGGAGCCUCCAAACUGAAGAAGCUCAAAGCCGCACUGGACUGUUCCACCUCGCAGCUGGAUGAGUUUUACUCUGACCCUCAUGCCGUGGCGGGUGCCCUGAAGUCUUACCUCCGAGAGCUGCCGGAGCCACUGAUGACCUACGCCCUGUAUGAGGAGUGGACCCAAGUGGCCAACGUUCAGGACCAGGACAAGAAGCUGCAGGACCUGUGGAGAAUCUGCCAGAAAUUGCCAAAGCAGAACCUGGCCAACUUCAGGUACUUGAUCAAAUUCCUGGCGAAGCUCGCCCAGCACAGCGACGUGAACAAGAUGACGCCCAGCAACAUCGCAAUUGUCCUGGGCCCCAACUUGCUCUGGGCCAAGAACGAAGGCUCCCUUGCGGAAAUGGCAGCGGCGACUUCGGUGCACGUGGUGGCCGUGGUCGAGCCCAUAAUCCAGCACGCCAACUGGUUCUUUCCUGAAGAGAUGGACUUCAACGUGUCGGGAGCCUUCGUGGCGCAGCCGGCUGUGAACUCCAAUCACCUGCACGUGGGGAGCGACUAUGAGCAGGGGCCAGCCGAGAGGAAGAGGCCCGUCAGCAUGGCUGUGAUGGAUGCCGACCUGGUGAAGGACAGCUUUGGUGUCAAGGUUUUGGACUUCCCGGCAAGCACCCGGCGAGGCGGCACUGUUAAUAGAAAGCACACCGCCCCGGCUUUCCAGCCGCCGCUUCCGCCCACGGAGGCCGGCACGUUGGCUCAGGCUGGGGCAGAACAGCUCCCGCAGGGCACCGGGGCUGAGCCCGGCCUCUGGGGGGCUGUCUCUGCCCCACUUCCUGGCCCAGCUGAGCCUUCCCAAAGCCAAGGCGCUGAGGACAGCAGCAUUUCAAAAUCCAAAGACUCCACCCCUUCGACUACCCCUCCGCCCACCAGAAAUGGCCGGCACGGAAGCACCCCUCAGUUGGCCGGGGGCAGCGGCCAGUCCUCGCUUGCGCAGCCGCAGAGCAAUGCUGGGCCAAGUCCUCACACUCUCAGGCGAGCUGUCAAGAAGCCCGCCCCAGCCCCACCCAAGCCUGUGAACCCCCCUCCCGGGCAGCCCGGAAACCCGAGCGUGAGCCCAGCACCUCCGCUGCCCUCCGUCUCUCCCAAGCCGGCUGCCAGAAGCCCUUCUCCGCCCAGCCCAGGAGGCGCCCAGCCCGCCUCUGCCCCUCGCCGAUACUCCAGCAGCCUCGCCCCCAUCCAGGCUCCCAGCCACCCCCCGCCGCAGCCCCCCGUGCCAGCCGCCACCCCUCCUCUGCAGCCCAAGGGCAGCGGCAGCCCAACAGCAGCCCCCGGUGCCGAUCCUGCGCCCAAGCAGCCUUCUCCCACCCCCCCUCGCACGCCCACCCCGCCCGACACCCCUCCCCUGGAGAAGCACGCUCCGUCCCCAGCCCCAGAGGCUCCUCCUCAGCUGACCUCGCCCCCUCAGACUGGCACUUUGCCCAGGCCCAGGCCUGUGCCCAAGCCCCGGAACCGCCCCUCCGUCCCCCCUCCGCCUCAUCCUCCGGCUCCCAGCCUGGCUGCAGGAGAAGCAUCUCUUCCAGGAGCCCCGGGGACUGCCUCUCGCAUCGUGACUGACUCCGCUUCCAGCGUUCAAGAGCUGCCAUCGCGGGGCCUCCCUGCUGCAGAGCUGUCCUCCACAGAGCCCGCUGCUGCCGUUUUACCAGGUCAGAGUUCUCACAACCACCUCGUGCUCGACAUCGACCACGACACCGAAAGCACUGCUCUGUAAAAACCAGUAGAACCACUCCAGCACACGUCCCUUCCCGUCCCAGUGGGAACCGAACCAGUCAAGACGAGCGAGAAGCUUCCCUUUCAGAAGAGAGAGCUGGGGGGUGGGGGGGGGGGGGCGGGGGACUGUCCUAUUUGAUUGGGAGGAUUUCAGUGACCUGGUCUUGAUGAAAAGGUGUCAAACUGUGGAUGGAGCGACCUGUCUGUUUCCGAAGCUUAAUUGCUGCUGUUAACCAAGAGGCAAGCAAGCGUCUUGCCGGGAAAUUCCAAACGAGAAUCCAAAGCGAUGCGUGUAACCAUGGGAAUAACCUCCUUCAAGGUCUCUCCGUUGGACUCUUCCUGACUCUUUGCUCUUCCCGAGGAGGGGGCUCGCAGGGCCCUGCUCUCUGACAUGCUGCAGACUUUUUUUGUUUAAAAGUAUGAACCAAAAAAAAAAGGCCCCUGGGCCGGGAGUGACCGCUGGUUCUCGGUCACUGCUCCAACCUGUGGAUGUCUCCUUGUGCCUUGACGGACGGACCGUCAGGAGGAAACGUGCUCUGUCUCUUCUCUAACCAUUUCAGUGCUACUCUUUUAAGUAUUGAUCGUUUAUUUACUCUUUUUUGUUUUUCAUAGUUAUUUGUAUUAACCAUCCCCGCUUUGGUUUCUGUAAAAUCCCUAGACAGCUGCUGUCAAGCUGAAGACGUUGGGGAGGGAGGGAGGGAGGGAGAAUGUGUUUUUGCUCUCAGUUGUUAUAAAAUGGGUUGAACUUUGAAA